AUGGCUCCGAGCAAGAUCCGCAGAACCCUGGACGCGGUGAAGGAUCGGACCAGCAUAGGCCUGGCCAAGGUGAGCAGCAGCCAUUCCUUGGCUGAGCUCGACGUGGCCGUCAUAAAGGCCACCCGCCACGACGAACAUCCCGCCGAUGACAAGCACGUCCGAGAGAUACUCAGCUUCACUUCCUACUCCAGAGCCUACAUCACCGCCUGCGUCAACAUGCUCUCCAGGCGUCUCAGCAAGACUAAGAACUGGACCGUAGCCCUCAAGACCCUCAUUCUCAUUCAUCGCCUCCUCUGCGAGGGCGACCCCGCCUACGAGCAAGAGAUCUUCUUCUGCACCCGCCACGGCACUCGGCUCCUCAACUUGUCCGACUUUCGCGACGCUUCCAAAUCCAACUCCUGGGACUUCUCCGCCUUUGUCCGCACUUUUGCGCUCUACCUCGACGAGCGACUUGAGUAUCGUAUGCAUGGUGGCAGGCGUGUUCGUCGCAAAGCGUUUAGAGCCGACGAGGACAAUGAAGAAGAUUCCCCGCCACCGCCGGUCUGCACCACUCCCGUCCAUGAGAUGAACACCGAACAAAUCUUUGCAAGGGUUCAGAACCUGAUGCAGCUCCUUGAACGUUUCCUGGCAUGUCGACCAACAGGAAAGGCGAAGAACAACCGGUUGGUGGUGGUUGCUCUGUACCCAAUACUGAAAGAGAGCUUCCAAAUAUACUAUGACAUAGCAGAGGUAAUGGCAAUCUUGGUUGACCGGUUUAUGGAACUUGCAGUCGCCGACUGUGUGAAGGUGCAUGGGAUCUUCACCCGGCUAUCCAAACAAUUCGACCAGCUUGACAUAUUCUACAACUGGAGCAAGUCGACCGGGAUUGCUAGGUCAUCCGAGUGCCCGAAAGUUGAAAGAAUCCUUCCAAAGAAGCUCCAACUCAUGGACGAUUUCAUCCGUGAUAAGUCCAUCAUGUCUCAGAGGACACCCAAGAAACAAGAUCUUGAGACGCUAAUCGUGGAAGAUCAAAGGGUACAUGCAGCAGAAGUUGUAGAAAACUUGACAAGAAUCAAAGCAUUGCCGCCACCUGAACAUUUUUCUGAAAUCAAAAUCGAGGAAGUGAAGGUGAAGGAAGAGGUUGAGCGAAAGGAGAAAGUCACUGAGAAAAGCAACCCUCAACAAGAAGCAGAUUUGUUGAAUUUAUGGGACGAUGCAGAUGCAGCAGUUGCAAGCGAAGAGCAUGGAGAGAAAUUGGCUCUGGCCUUAUUCGAUGGCACCGCAGCAUCGCCGGCAGUACCCGCAUGGGGAGGAUUCACAUUGGGUGGUUCCGCAGACUGGGAGACGGAAUUGGUUGAAUCGGCCAGCAAUCUAUCAAAUCAUAAGUUGGAGCUUGGUGGAGGUUUCGAUAUGUUAAUGCUGGAUGGAAUGUAUCGACAACAAAAAACGGCUUAUGCUCCGACGACCAUGGGUAACUAUGGAGCCGCCGGGAGUGCAAGUAGUGUUGUGUUAGCUUCUUCCGGGAAGCCGCCAAUGCUGGCAUUACUCCCACCACCAAAUUCCUGCAAUGGUGCCACAGAGGUCUAUGGCGAUCCAUUUGCAGCUUCUCUAUCAGUGCCACCGCCUCCAUACGUGCAAAUAUCGGAGAUGGAGAAGAAGCAGAGGCUACUGGCGGAGGAGCAGUUCAUGUGGCAGCAGUAUGCAAGGGAUGGAAUGCAAGGGCAGCUUGGACUGGAGAAAUUACAGAUGAAUCCUUACAACAUGGGGGGUUAUAACUAUGCGUAUAUUUAUUGA